AGCGAAAGUGAACGCAUAAUUAGUGGGAGUAGACCAGUGGUCGACCCAAUCGUUGCCAUAAUAUCGUCUAAUGAUCUGAAAGUGAAAUUUGAUCCGACAUUUGGAGACAUUGAGCUCUUCGAGGGAAUGGCAGUGAGUGAAGAGCCGUACAAACAUAUCCAAGACUUUGAGUUGAGACAAACUGUGGUCAACACUGGGUAUCGAUGGACUGUCAACCAUCUCAAGACACGUGACAGUGGAUCCCAAACGAGUCCAUUGAUCGGUAAAUAUGGGUUCAUUGAGAUCAAUGUUUUGCAGCAAAAGGUGCGAAACAGUGUGAGUUCGCUGUCAUUGACACGAAUAGCGAACCGAAAUGCGCUGCUCUUCGGGUUGAGGACCAGUGAAUGCCAUCGACGACACACACGACUGGCCACCAGUCGGUGCCUCCACUCGAGUCCACGCAAUAUCUUCUCCAGUAUUUCGUCGGGAAAUUCAUUCAACGAUUUCAUUAGACGAAGACAUCGGCGGACGACCGCAUACGACCGCAAAGGUGUGAAGCGUCGACGCGAUGCCGACCAACGGAUUUUGGAUCAGUUUUGGGUGAUCUGCGACCCAAACGACACGAAACGCAACAAGAGUUUGAAACUAAUCGUUGAAAUACUUGUGAAACAAAAUGACACGAAUGGAUCCAAUGAUGUGAUGUAUUGUUUGGAUCGAGUCAUCCGCGGUAUGGCUUCCGCCCGACAGUUCGCCAGACAUGGCUUUUGCGUCCUUUUGACUCAACUGUUGAUGACGUUUGAGGAGAAGAUAUCGCUUGAAGUGGUGUUUGAAUUGUCUGAAAAGCAUUUGCAGAAAAUCAAAGACGUCUCAAACCACGACUCAGUGAUCGGUUGGUCUCUCGUCAUGGCGUCAGUCAUCAAAAGCGGUCGUUUGAAAGCCGAUACGAGCGAAGAUGUUUGGGAUAUGGCUUUCAAUGUGUUGUAUUCGUUGGGAAUGAGUAAACAAUACAUUGAAUUAGUUGUUUGCGAUCUCUUCACACAAUUCAUGGCUUUAUUAAACAAAAAGGCUUUGUUUGACAAAAUUGUUUGGACUAGACUUGAGACUGACCUCAAGACCGCCAACCGAUUCAAACCAUUUUUCAUUUUUAAAUAUUGUGAAAAAAGAGGAGAAAUUAAUUUCAUCGUAAAGUCGGACGAAUUGCACAGACUUUCCCUAAUAAUUAAGGAAUCGACUGCUUAUCAGCCAUUAGUUCAUCCAAUGAACAAACAGAUUGUGAAACACUUUCUAACUAAUAAAACUGAUUUCACAAAGUUUUGGAGUACUUGUGUUGAGGUACAAAUACGAUUGUCUUUAGAAGCGCUCUUCACACCGAAUCAGAUCGAAAAGGGAUCGCUUGGCUUCGAGUUAAUCAAAAUAUGUUUCCCAUUGAUUACAUCAAAAGAUACCGUAUCAUCAGUACUCUCGCCACCAUUUCUUCGUCUUUUCAUUCAAUCCCUGUCCGUCAAGAGUCAUCCGCUCCAUACAUCUGCUCAACAAUUGUGCCAAUUCUUUAUUGAAUUUACUAAAAAUGUUGAGAACUCUGAACUCCAGUUGGAAAUUCUUAACAGCAAAUCAAUCAAGAAAUGGACCCAAAAAUUAAGAGACAUUUUCCUGACCACUACUAAAGUGGAUUCAAACGAUUUAUUUAGAAAUCGCUGUAUUCAACAGAUUUCGGAUGUGUGUCGAUCUAUAGCAUCAGUUGAUGACAUCGAGACUUUGUGGUCAAACAUUAGAUUUCUAUUUAUUUAUUCGUAUUUUGACGUAAACGAAGGCUUAGAGUCAACAAACGACGAUAUCAGAAAACCUGCCGUUCCUAUCAGUGAAAGCUUAAGAAAUACAUUGCGACACAGUUUUAGAAGCGCUUUCAAUCACAUGACGCAUUUGGGCUCUAAAACUACGAAAGAAAGACUGUUAACCGAAGUCCAGAUCUUGUCCUCAAUGCUUGAGUUUAUUAGUGAUCCGUUUAAAACUAUCGCAAAGAAAGUCUCGAAACUGAAUAAAAAGCUUAAAAGUAAUUGUGAAAAGGAGAACGAAAUAAGGAUUUUUGUUUUGUUGUAUUCAAUGGUUGCCAUUCAGCUCUUCGAAGAGUUUGAAGACAUUGACGACGUUUUAAAGGAUUUAAAUGAAUGUAUGAAACGAGCGAUUGAUGGCCAGGAGGAGGAGGAAAGCGGAGAAGACUCGCCCGUUUGGGCCGACCAUAUUUGCGGUCACAUAACCAACUCUGGAGUUAAUUAUUUAGUGGAUGCUAUCAAUCCAUCCAAUGAUAAUAAACUGUUUGAUGGAAAUAUAGACUCAGAUGAAGGCGAAGACGAGGAAGAGGACGAAGAAGAAGAGAAUAAAUCGGAAAGCGAUUCAGAAUCUGAAUCAGAAGAAGAGAACCAAACCGGAGAAGUGGACGAAAAGUUCAGAAACGAUGUGAUCAACGCUUUGGGAGCGGCCGCUGAGAACGACGACGAAGAGGAGUCCAUAUAUUUGAGUGACAGCGAGAUGUUUCAAAUUGACGAGACUUUGGCCGCCGUUUUCAAAUCCAAAUUUGCCAAUAAAAAGGAAUUAAAUGAGAAACAGAACUCUAUUCUUAUGUUUAGAACAAGAUGUCUAGAAUUGAUCCAAAUAUAUCUGAACUCGAAAUCAGUAAAUAUGGAUCAAAUCGUACGUUUGAUUCAACCGAUAGUGUCUGUGGCCAAGAGUUCAUAUCAACCUUCGAAACAAAAUCAGUUGUCAUCAAAAGCCGUGCAAUUGAUUAUUCAAAUAUCCAAAAUCAAAGACAAAACCGACGAAUCACUUGUAGUGAAUGAUUUGAAACAACUUCUGGACAAUUAUUUAGAACUACAACGAGCUUUAAAUUCACUCUUCAUUUGGACUAUUCAAAUGAGUAAACGAUUUUUCCCUCAAGACUACUGGUAUAUAGAAGUCAUUGAGAAUGGACUGCAAGUAUUCUUUAAGAAGAAUAAUUCUCAAAUUAACGACAAUCUAUUCAAAACUCUUAUUGUUGUUCAUAACGAAAUUGGAUUUAAAUUAUUUGAUGUAUUCAUUGACUAUGCAUUCCGUGAAGAGAUUCGUGCCUUUAAGAAGUCUGUGGCCAUUGAAGUGUUGCUUACAUUAUGUAAAACACAGAAUUCUAAACACAAAACCAUUGAUAUUUCUGACGACCACUUGUCUGAAGUGAGACAGAAAUGUUUAACAGUCUUAUGCAGUGAAUUAAAUAACGAAAAACUGAAGUCACAAUACAUUAGCGAACUCUUAAGACUCUAUGAUUUGUGUGACAAACAAUUGAAGGACAGAAAGGCUGACCAAAAGAUUUCUCACAACGAGAUUCAGGAUCUGUCGACGAAACUGAAGUCACUCUCUAAACAGAAGAAGAAAUGUAUGGAGCGGAUGACUCUUGACGGACAGGGAUUGAAUGAAAAGACGAAGAAAUGGUGGCGAGAGUACUGA